UGGCGGCGGCAAUGCAACCAGUGCGGUGGCGGCUGGGGCUAGGAAGGGCCGCUCAGAGCUCGGAGGACGCAGAGUGCGCCGCGCCCCGGGCACUGGCCGAGGAGCCGUCCCACCUGGAGCCGGCCUGGGGGCGAGGAGCCAGGGCUGCCCUAUCCCCGGGAUGACUGCAGCCAGCCGGGCCAACCCCUACAGCAUUGUGUCAUCAGAGGAGGACGGGCUGCACCUGGUCACCAUGUCGGGUGCCAAUGGCUUUGGUAACAGCAGGGUUCACACACGGCGCAGGGGCCGAAACCGCUUUGUUAAGAAGAAUGGCCAGUGCAACAUUGAGUUCGCCAACAUGGAUGAGAAGUCACAGCGCUACUUGGCUGACAUGUUCACCACUUGUGUGGACAUCCGCUGGCGCUACAUGCUGCUCAUCUUCUCGUUGGCCUUCCUUGCCUCCUGGCUGUUGUUUGGCAUCAUCUUCUGGGUCAUUGCUGUGGCUCAUGGUGACCUUGAGCCAGCUGAGGACCGUGGUCGCACGCCCUGCGUGUUGCAGGUGCAUGGCUUCAUGGCAGCCUUCCUCUUCUCCAUUGAAACUCAGACCACUAUUGGCUAUGGGCUGCGCUGUGUGACAGAGGAGUGCCCAGUGGCUGUUUUCAUGGUGGUGGCGCAGUCCAUCGUGGGCUGCAUCAUCGAUUCCUUCAUGAUUGGCGCCAUCAUGGCCAAGAUGGCCCGGCCCAAGAAGCGGGCACAAACACUGCUGUUCAGCCACAAUGCUGUUGUGGCACUGCGUGACGGCAAGCUUUGCCUCAUGUGGCGUGUGGGCAACCUGCGUAAGAGCCACAUUGUGGAGGCCCAUGUGAGGGCUCAGCUCAUCAAGCCGAGGGUCACAGAGGAGGGCGAGUAUAUCCCGCUGGACCAGAUUGACAUUGAUGUGGGCUUCGACAAGGGCCUUGAUCGCAUCUUCCUGGUGUCGCCCAUCACCAUCCUGCAUGAGAUUGACGAGGCCAGCCCACUAUUUGGCAUCAGCCGGCAGGAUCUGGAGACAGAUGACUUCGAGAUUGUGGUCAUUCUAGAGGGGAUGGUAGAGGCCACGGCCAUGACCACACAAGCCCGAAGCUCCUACCUGGCCAAUGAGAUCUUGUGGGGUCACCGCUUUGAGCCUGUCCUCUUCGAGGAGAAGAACCAGUACAAGAUUGACUAUGCACAUUUCCACAAGACCUAUGAGGUACCCUCCACUCCCCGCUGCAGCGCCAAGGACCUGGUGGAGAACAAGUUCCUGCUGCCCAGCGUCAAUUCCUUUUGCUAUGAGAAUGAGCUGGCCUUCAUGAGCCGUGAUGAGGAUGAAGGUGAUGAAGAUCAAGACAGCAGCAGCAUCCCCCAAGCUAGGCACGACUUUAACAGACCCCAAAUUGGUGGCAAUGCCCUUGAGCAGCGGCCCUACAGGAGGGAGUCAGAAAUCUGAACUGCUGUUGGCCAAGGUGCAGCAUCUGCCCAGCCAGGGAGAGGCCUGCAUCCCCUGAGGGCCCAGGGUUUGGGCAGAAUGGGCCAGACACACUGGUUGCAGACUCAGUAGUGUUUUAGAUGUUUUAUGUUUCUCCACAAUGGCCUUGGAAGGUUGGCGGGAGAGUGGGUGGCUAGAGCAGGUAGUCCCCAGCCUCAGAUGCCCAAGCAGGUUCAGGGGCAAGGAGGUGACCUCCUGGGGGCUUGACCUUCUGCCUGAGGAAGGGGCUGCAGUCUGCCCAGAAAUGGCUCUACAGCUUGCCACCCAGCCUCUGCGUGAGGCUGGAAGGCUGGAGGGUAACCUGCUGGUUUUUAA